GCAGUUCGAAAGCGCAAGAUACAGAAAGAGGGAGGUUGAGUUGACAGUGUGACAGACUACACGGGGACUCAUUCGAACAAUCGUCGGUCGGUCAGCUGUCAGUCGGUGUCGAGAGUGGGACUUACACGCCGAGAGAUUUCGACCUUGUUCGGACCCGCAGUUUACCGCUCAGAGCCCCGCACUCUCCCGCAGUUUUAAAGGGAACGGAUAGGACGAGUGGCGCUGCUUCAGAUUCCUUCUUAGGUAAGUAGGACUGGUGUUGUAGUGCAUGCAGGCGGAUGGUGUGGGCCCGCGAAGUGAAAUGUGUCAACUUACCUGCGUUCAGUUAGAUUUCACCAGGGUACUUUACUCCAAUGCGCAUCCAUUGAGUUGCGUUACAUCGCGAUAUGUCUGUUUGAACAGCAUCAUGUGUGUAGUGUUGGCGCAGGCUGGUCUGCACGGUCAUGUUAUUGUGGAUGCGGCCAGCAGGCAUGUUGACAGAAGAGGGGGUACCCAUAUGUGCAGCAGCGCCUAUGCAGAGAAAACAGAGCUGGUGUAGUAUGGUCACCAUCACUGCAUGGACACUGUUCAAGGACUGCCAGACCUUUAAAGACUCACUGUAUUAGUGUUUCUCCAUUUAGUUUAGUUUGGAUACUUCAUGUCAUAGGGUUACAGUGCCUGCCUGAUGGUAACUUAAUUGUGUUUCAGCAAAAGAUGUGGAUAAACAAUACACUUGUCUAUCAAUUAAGUACUAUAUAAAAAUAAUGUAGGCCCAGGGGUCCCUAUAGGCCGGUAUAGAAUCCUGAGAUUUACAGCUGUGCAGACAGUAAACACAAAUGUUCUUGCUUUCCCUCAACUAUUUGCUUUUUUAAGGUAAUAUAAGUUUGGUAUAAUUAUCUGUGAGCAUUUGACGACUGGAAACAUAGUGUUUUUGUGUCUUUACACAUGAAUUGUUAGAUUUUAAGUGGCUCACCCCUGUGCUUGUUAACUCACCUCAGUGGGCUUAUUUUAACUGAGCGAUUGAUUCUUCAGUGAUUCUAAUCUAACCAAAAGCUUGAUAACUAUUACAGCCCAGGCUAUCAGAGUGGAGCAGUUAUCAUAACAGGUCCUUGACCUAUUGUAUGCUUUUGUGCCCACAGGCGCGCGCACACACACACACACACACACACACUACUUCCACGUAACUGAACACACCCACAGCACCUUGAACAGUUACACAACCAGCCCUAGAGUGAUCAUGACUCUGGUGUGACAUGCCCUGAGGUGCUCUGGCCAUGUAAUCUAAAUACCAAACAGGUUUUUUUCAUGCCAAGUGCAGUUUUUAAACCAGUAUUUUUACAUUUUCCCUUAAAGCAAUCAAGUGUUCACACUCUUGAGUUUAAAAAGGAGGUCUAGAUUUAAACUAGCAGAUCCUAGUUUGACCCAGCUCAGGCCAGAGCCCACUUUGGUCUCACCUAACCUGCCCUAACACCCGUACCAGAGAGCCAGAGCUGUCUCAGGAACGUGCUAUCUGUAUGUUUAUGUCCCCUGUCACAGCUGUAGUAUUUUGGAAAUAUACACCUACAAAGGUUACCCAUAGGAAAAGAGUUUGGCAACGCUGAGCUUACUUUAGUGGCAUAGCAUGCAGGAGAGUGAGACGGACUGAGAUGUCAGCAUCCUAUUAUAAGAAAAGUGACUCACUCUUUUUUCACAGACACAGUCCUCUAACUGAAGAUCAUUUAAAUCGGUGGCCUUUUCUUUUUCAUUCACCCACCGGUGUCUGGUUGUGCUGGUAGGUGUGUUCCAUGGCAACAGCUAUUUGGUUUCUUGAUGUCUCAGUGAUUCCAGGUGAGCAGGACACACCUAGGUGAGGACUGCCGGGCUGGAAUGUUCUGUGCCCAUGGAUUGUGGGUUUUUUUUUUCUUUUCCUUUUUCCUUUUCUCUGUGCUGUUGGCACGCAGGUAGAUUCCUGGAAGAGGAAUGCCAUGCCUCCCCUGAAGGUGUUGUUUCAUAAUCAGGGCUGUGUGAAGUAACGUACAGAGUGACGACAGUAGUGUGUGGUGAAGAGCAGAGGGUUAGACAUGUGAGUGCUGUGACAUUGAAAUGAAGUAGCGUAUAGUUUCUUCAACUCAAGGGGGAGAAAAAAAUCUUAUGAUCUGACUUUGAUGAUGAAAAAAGGAGACUGCAAAAUCUCUGGAUGAUACUAAAGUUUACUCAGAAAAGCUGAGAAAAGUGCAGCUCGAUUUAUUGAUUAAAAGACUGAUAAAUAUUACUCAAAGAUAGAUUUGGCAGACACAGUCAUAGUUGGUGUCAAUUUGUAUGGAACAUUGUGAACUAGAGAACCAAUCUGUAAAUAAAUAAAGUGUUGUUACUUAUCAGGACUAAAACUUUGAGCUGUGAAUCUUCAAACUGUAUAAAGAUGUUGUCUGAGUUCUAUUUUGGUUUGAAAACUUUGUUUUCCACUUGAAAGUUGGAGCAUUUCUUUCGUGUUUAAUGAAUACAGUAUGUGCCAAUGUGUCCUCUGUCGUGACACAAGUUGGCCCAGUGGUUCUGGAUUUAACAAUGAAUGCCAGAUCAGAUGAACCACAAAUUUUUUCCAAGACCGAAAUAUCUCUCCGGUUAGCCACAGUUUCAUGGUAUUUUGUUUGAAAUAGUUUCCUCCUCUGGAUGAACUUUGGUGAAAGAUCAAAAAGAUACAGCACCUCCGUUCAAUAACAAAUUCCUUGAAAUAUCCAUGAGCUUUGCUGCUGUCUUUUUGUUCCUACUACCAUGUUUAGUGUGCUAACACAUGGAACUAUAACAUUUCUUUACACAUAAUUGAAGCAACUUUGACUUGACAAGUCUGGAUAUACACUUCUUUUAAAGAUAGUAUAAGCCAGAAAGUUAUGACUUCAUUUACAGUGAUUAAAAAGAAAUAAAAAAUGCUGAUGCAGGCAGCCAAAAUCUUCUCAAAAACCUUCCUCUAUGACACUCAACCUGACAAUUUUGCUCACUGCAGCUAUUUUUAUGAGAUAUAUUCAAUUAAACUCUUUAAUGUCUUAAAAUAAAGUUAUUAUGUGAACUUAUUGGGACAGUUUGAUUUACAUUAAGUCUAAUGAGGUAUUUAUCGGUCUAAUACACUCAGUAAGAUCUGAGUUCUUUUGCAAUGUAACUAUUAUGCAUGCUAAAAUGCUGAACAUCAUCAUUGUCUGAGUAAGGGCUUCAGCAGUGACAGUGGGUCAAAUUAUUUAAUGAUGCACUCACACGCAGAGAACGCAGCCUGAAGCAUAGCGGUCAAUCAGACUCAUUCGUGACUCAGGGUUUGGGGUUUAGCAGGAUUCCCUCCAUAGCAGUGAAUCAGUUUAUUGAUGUGCUACAUUGCCAAUAUGAGCAAGUGAAGAUUGAUUCCCUCUCUCUUGUUGUACCGUUUUCAUUCCCAGAUUCUCCAGAGGAUGGGACUGAAUUGAGAAGAGCACUAUCAUCGCAGACGGAAAAAUCUCUCCAACAGUUUUCUUUGACUGUCGUCUGAAUCUUUGAGAUAAAAAGACCAAUAAGUGGGUCUGGGGGGGGAACUGAACUACCUAACUUCAGCCUUCUUCAUUGGACAUGGAGGACUGAUCAGAAACCAGCCGGCACGAAGAGGAGACUCCUCCUUCCCUGUUCAGCAAAGGCAAUGGCGGGGCUUAAACGUCAUCAUGACGGAAAGAUCGCCGGGCUCUAUGAUCUGGACAAGACAUUGGGGCGGGGACAUUUCGCUGUGGUCAAAUUAGCGCGGCAUGUUUUCACUGGAGAGAAGGUAUGCUCGUCUGUGUCUGUGCAUGCAGUGGAAUGUUCUGAUGCAAGUGAUUAAAUUUCCUCCUUUCCGAAUUGCUUUUAUGGUUGUCAGCCUCACCCUACCACACAGACAUACCAAAAAUGUCUGACUAGUUCCACAUAGUAAUUUGAGUCAUGUCUCAAACGUGAACCAGAGGAUUAAUAUCAACAUUUAGUGUUGAUCUUGGCCCUUGUGGUUGGUUUAGCAUCACAUGAUGAGCCUAGUGUUGCUUCUAGACAUGUUUGAAACUUGACUUGAGUAACAGCUAUUGUUCGUGGUAUCAUUCUUUGGCAAUCGUAUCAUCUUUAUCACGUGCACUUCCGAUCAGUUUACAGUAUGGAAAACUUUUAAUCGCCCUCAUUAUGUUGCUCCUCCAGGUUGCUGUAAAGGUGAUAGACAAGACUAAGCUAGACCCAGUGGCACGGGGGCAUCUUUUCCAGGAGGUGCGAUGCAUGAAGAUGGUGCAGCACCCUAACGUGGUGCGCCUGUAUGAAGUCAUUGACACAGCCACUAAGCUAUACCUCAUCCUGGAGCUGGGAGAUGGAGGAGACAUGUAUGACUGCAUCAUGAAGCACGAAGGAGGCCUCAGUGAAGAGGUGAGUGGCUGAUGGAGAAAAGAGAGGGCAUUGAGAAACGACUAGCUAGGUUUGAUCAAAGGUGACAAAACCUGCCAAUCAACACCUCCUGCUUCUUGUCUCAAUGACUUCCAGUGGGUUUUAAUGCUGCGUUUGAGUUACCUCGAAAGUCAGAUAUCCGAGAUGGGAAUGACGCUGCACCUGUUUUUACCAGCGUUUGAGUUACCAAGUCGGAAAAAAGCUACGAAAGUUAUUUUAACUCGGGUGUGACGUCAUUCCCAGCUCGGACAUCAACGCGGCAUAAUUGCUUAAAGUACAAAAAUAUCUAACUGGUUAAUGUCACAAUGACUUAACAUUGUUCCUGACUUCUUUUUUAAGGUGGCCAAGUGUUACUUUGCCCAAAUUGUCCACGCCAUCUCCUACUGCCACCGACUGCAUGUGGUGCACAGGGACCUAAAGCCGGAGAAUGUGGUGUUUUUUGAAAAGCAAGGGGUCGUCAAGCUGACCGACUUUGGCUUCAGUAACCGGUUUCAGCCCGGGAAAACGCUCAACACCUCGUGCGGCUCACUGGCCUACUCUGCUCCUGAAAUACUGCUGGGGGACGAGUAUGACGCUCCUGCUGUCGGUAAGUCCAGUUGACCCUCAAAGAGAACAUAUAUCUGCUGAUAAUUUUGUCAGGUGGUUGUUUCAGCUAAGAACUUAAAUGGAGCACCUUCUCAGUCCAGUGUGUACAGCUUGUCUUGUACUCAGCCUGGUUUAGUGAUGCUGCUCUUAGAUUCACAUGCUCAUUAUCUGCUGAUAUGACCUACUGAUAUCACUGUCUAUACUUUGACCGCAUUACAUGACCUAGUGGACUUUGGAUGGACCCCACAGACAGCAUGACGCACAUGCAGCUUUAUCAGACUGUAGAGGAGGGAGUGCUGAAAGCUCAGCAUGUUUAGAGCACUUUAGAAAUUAGACUAGAAUUUGAAUUAGAAUACAAUAAUUGCACCUUCCCCUUAAUUUGACUACUGUCUGCAGCUGAGUUCAUCAACAUUUACAACUGUCUGGCGGUGAAUAAAAAAAUCUGGCUCCAAAUCAGGCUAAAGUGGGUUCCUUCAGCCUAAUCAGCACUUCCUUCCUUUAAGCAGUGCCCAUGAUUGUCCCUCUGUUUCCCCCAGCCAAAAAUGGACCAGUGCCUACUUAAGUCACUGCUUAGUUAUGAAAUUAAAAAGCAAUAGAAGAAGAAAUAAAAGAAUAUUGCUGAUACGAGGGUAGAGGGAGAGGUAAAGAAGCGUAAAAAAGGACAAGAGAAAAGGGAGGGAAAAAAAAAGCAUGAAGAGGCUCGUCUGUUUACCCAGAGGGCACUGCGUCAGAGCAAGGGAAGAGCAUUUUCUGUUUUUCUGACUGAAUGGAUUCGCCGUGGCUAUUUUCUUCUGCUUGCCUUCACUCUGCCUCUGUCUCUUUUGUGCCAAGCAGAUGAGCUGCUCAAAGAUACUGAAAAAGAGUAAUGAUAGUCUCUGUAAUUUGGCUGCAUGUGUUGGAUUGGAUGGCUUUGUGAGUGGCUGCACAUGUGAGGUCAGUUGUCCUGUAAAGCCUGUCUGACCCAGAUGAUGAAUCAGACAUUUGUGGACAUUUUCAGCGUGUGUGUGUGUGUGUUUGUGUGUGUUCCCCCCUCUGGAGUGUUGGUACCGCCUGUCUGCUAUUGUUCAUUCAGCUGAGAUGAUGAUGUUUUGAUUGCGUGGAUUAUCCGCCCAGUCGGGAUGUAAUGUUGUGCGAUUCUAUCAGCAUAGUUUGAUGUGGAGCAGGAUGAAUGCAGGCCAGAAGUCUUGACGUGUGGGACUCCGAGGUAACAUGGCCUGGGAUCUGAGUGCUGCCAAGGUACCUGCUGACAGUCUGUAUGUAGGGUGUUGAAGUUUGCUGAUGAUGUGCCAGGUGGCUGCCAUCCCAGUUUAUCACAGAGAUAAAGAGGCUGUCCACACUCUGCCUUCUCAAGUGGAGCUUGUUUGGAGUUGUUAUCUCUUUUUAGGUAGGGCUGGGGAUAAUUUUAGAUGAAAAGUGAUCAAAAAUAGAGAAAUGCUGCAUCAGAAGUCAGUCCUACAGCUGACAGAAGGAGGGAAUAAAACGCCAAAUUACAAGAGAAGAAGAAAAGGCUCAAUUACGUUGUUAAUCAAAGAGGUCAAAAGGUCUUUCCAGGAGGAUUACUUCACGCAUUAAUCAUUAACUCAAAUACAACAAAGGGAUGCACAAUAUUGGAUCUUUUUGUUGAUAUUUGAUUUGGUCGAUACUAAUACCAAGUGUAAACAUUCACGUUAUUUGCAUUGUGAUGAACACCAAGUCUCACACAUGAUCUGGUCCUGUCAUCUUGACAAGUCUGUUAGUUUUCAAAAGAUGCAUAAAACAAGACAAACAACAUUUGAUUCUAUAAAUACGAAGGACACAUCAUAUUAUCGGCAAAGUAAUGUUAUCAACAGCAGGUAUAAGAAAUUUCUGUGCGUCCCCAAUAAAUGAUCAAUUGUUCCUUUAGUGCUGUUCAGGAUGAUGGUUCUUGAGAUGCUGUUUUGUUUCUCAUUUCACUUGUGCGACAUGAAAAACAGAACAUGCAGCCGACAUGUUGAAGCGCGUUGUUGGCAGGGCCACAAUGUCUUUGGGAACCCAUAAUUAACACACCACUUUAUUGGCUGUACAUGUCAGUAAUAAUAUUCACGUGUUCCACUCCUGAUAGUUCACUUUUAAGGUUAUUGUCUGCCAAUAACGUGUACGAUGCUGAUAAUAUUGUGCAAUCCUUGAUGUUUGGUGUCUGUAUGGUGGCCCUGAAGUUCAAAAACACAACACAUCACAAGAAACGAUGACAAAUUACAAGACAUAACAAAUCAGAAAUCACAUGCUCUUAUUUGUCAUUUAUUUUCUAUUUAUAUUUAUGUACGUCAUUAACUGGUCCUUUCUGAAAGUUAUGUUUCUUAUUGUUUUUGUUAUUGUUAGUCCUUUCUUUCUUCCUUCUCUUCUCGUUGUCCUUUAAAAUUAAUGCAGGUGCAUUCAUACAGAGGGUGAACAUUGUACAAUCAUAGUUACUAUUAUCAUUAUUGAUUAUUUUUAUUACUAUUAUCAUGAUUAUUAAUAUUAUUAUAUAAUAUUAUGAUAUAUAUGUAAAUCAUUAGUGUAGGAGAAGGGGUUGGACUAAGUUCCGACUUCACCCCACUCCUUUUUGAACAUGGAUAACUUUUUAUCAUUUAUUGUUGUAUUCUUUAUUUUUUAUUAUAAUUUUUUAUAUGUCUAAAAAAAUAAACUUCAAUCAAUCAUUAAUCACAACAUCCAAUGACACAACAAAUAGAAGACACUACAGGAAAUUAGAAAACACAGCACUUUUAACCUGGAUCAGAGAAGGCGACAGGAGUUGUCACUGAUUGGACAAACUCGCUGUCCUUCUGGAUGUUAAUGUUGUGUUUUGGGAUCUGUUAUUUUGUUUGGGUAUUAGUAUUCAUGAUUUUUCAUAGUGUUGUAUGAUUUGUUGUUUUUUCCUAGUCUUUGUACUUUUGGAUUUUUGUGUUUGUGAUUUGUUGUGCUUCCUCAGCGGUAUUGUGUCUUAUGAUUUCUUGUUUUCUUAUUUGUUGUUGUGUAAAACACUCCAGGGCAACUGCAGGUAUCAGGACUCAAUCUAAGACAUGAAAAUGACUCUCAUUAUUGUUAAUGUGCUAGUUUUGUAAUGUGUUUGUCUGUGACAUCAAAAAUUGUGAUAGCAAUUGUGAUGAAAAGUACAGAUCAUUUACCCAGUUUCCCAGUUUCCCUUGUGGCAUCUUUGGCUUAUUUAUUGUCGGAGAACGCCUCUGGUGUAUGGAUUAAAUGCUGAGGGAAAACUGAGGGUAAACCAAAGGAUUUCUGUGGAAAAUAAGACAGCGAAAAUGUGUGAAAUUUGGAUCUCACACAAGCAAUUAAAAAAAAAAAACAGCAUAGUGCAAGCAUGUUUGUAAAACUGUAGGAGUAGAUGAUUACCUAAUAAGUGCUAUGAAAAGAUGCCAGCCUUCUUUUUGCUUUUUGAUGUUAUGCAGCAUGUGGGCUCUCUCCUUUUUGUCUCCAGUAAAUGGAAAGUUAAAUAUAGAUUUCUUCUUCCUCUUCAAGAAGCACAAGCUGCACUUCAAAAAGAAAAAAAAAAUUACUCACUUAAUAGCAAUUACACAGAACAUAUCCCAGGCACAUGCAUAAUUCAAAGCAUAUCUGUGCAUAAUUAACCUGACCAAGUGGAGGAUCUUUUUGAAAACAUGUUACAUAAUAAUCAGCAGGACAGGAUGCUGAACUUGGCGGAUCAGCCCAGGGGUUAACCGCGUUGAGACACAUGAUGGGAGUGGUUGUUGGUUUUGUCAGGGAAACAAUGGCUGUUAAAAUGUAAUUCAGAACAGAGGAAAAGGAUGUUUACACUCGCAGCUGUCACCAAGUAGCCAGUGUUGUUGGUUUAGGGGAUGCAUAUGUGCAGUAAUGUGAACUCUGUAAUUCAGAGAUGUGUCAACCAUCUGGGUUAUAAAUAAAGUUAUUGAGGAAGGAAGUUUGGCGGACGGCUGACGCACGUAAUAAGGGAGCAGGGUCAUGGUUGCUAGGAUACGUUGGCUGGGGGGUAAGAUGGUGGUGGGGACUGCAGCAGAGUUUGCUCCCUCCAUCAGCAGCAUGAGACGCUCCUUCACAGCCUCAGAGCAAUAAAUACUCACCACCCACAGUAAACUGGCACAUUCACCUUACUAGAUAGAAAUCUCCAACAUAUCCUGGCAAACUGCUGUCAUAUGAAGACAUAUCCCAAGGGUUUUGGGAGGAUUAACCCACUUAGGCUCACCAUGUCUUUACCGAAGACAGAGAGAGAGUUACACAACAGAGGGUUUGUUCUGCUAGGAAUUAAUAUGUCUAUUUCUCAGUCCUUAGAGAAAAGUCAUCUGCUUCACAGGGUGUGCACUGGAUUAUUUUUUCAGUCUUAUAUUUUCUGGUUAGAAAUUAUGUUUAGCCUGUGCACCCUGAGCAGCAUAGCCGAAAAGCUUAAUCAACACAAAAUCUAUGAGACAAACUCACACAGCUAGAGGAGUGAUCUUUGUGUACAAGAGAAGACACGUAGUACUUAAACUCCAAGAGUAAAGACUCGCAUAUUAGCUGAACUUACCGGUGUAUUUCUAUAAAUAAUCAGUCUAGGAUACACGUGAUGGCUAAUGUGCAGACUGUGUGAUAUUGAAGUGUUUUCCAUAACAAAGCAUUAGAGAUGUGGCAGGAUCUGCACUUUUUAAUCUUAUGGAGCUUUUUAGCAUCAUUUAGCUCCAGGUUUAGCGUUUUGGUUUCUCUGCCUACCGUCUUUAACCUACAUUCAGAGCAGGUAGCUGAUAGCUUUAAUUUUUAAGACACAGAAAACUUGAGAAUAUCUUACUACCUAGCACUAGAUGACAUUCAAAUGGAAGAAGUUACUGGCUAACAAGAAGCACACCUAUGAUAGCUGUUGUUGCUUGGUCUGAUUUGUUCAACAUUUGCUAACAUGCUAGCUACAAGUCUGAAGAAGUUACUAGCUAAUGGAAGAAGUUAUUAUCUAACAAGAAGUACUUUUAUGAUGGCUAUUGUUGCUCGGUCUGAUCUGUUCAACAUUUGCUAACAUGCUAGCUACAAGUCUGAAGAAGUUACUAGCUAAUGGAAGAAGUUAUUAGCUAACAAGAAGUACUUUUAUGAUGGCUAUUGUUGCUCGGUCUGAUCUGUUAGACAUUUGCUAACAUGCUAGCUACAAGUCUGAAGAAGUUACUAGCUAACAAGAAGCACACUUAUGAUAGCUUUAGAUGCUCAGUCUGAUUUGUUCAACAAUUGCUAACAUGCUAGCUACAAGUCUGAAGAAGUUACUAGCUAAUAGAAGAAGUUACUAGCUAACAAGAAGUACUUUUAUGAUGGCUGUUGUUGCUCUGUCUGAUUUGUUCAACAUUUGCUAACAUGCUAGCUACAAGUCUUUGAAGAAGUUACUAGCUAAUGGAAGAAGUUACUAGCUAACAAGAAGUAGUAACAAGAAGCUGUUGUUGUUGCUUGGUCUGAUUUGUUCAACAUUUGCUAACAUGCUAGCUACAAGUCUGAAGAAGUUACCAGCUAAUGGAAGAAGUUGUUAGCUAAAAAGAAGUACUUUUAUGAUGGCUGUUGCUGUUGCUCGGUCUGAUUUGUUCAACAUUUGCUAACAUGCUAGCUACAAGUCUGAAGAAGUUACUAGCUAAUGGAAGAAGUUAUUAGCUAACAAGAAGUACUUUUAUGAUGGCUAUUGUUGCUUGGUCUGAUCUGUUCAACAUUUGCUAACAUGCUAGCUACAAGUCUGAAGAAGUUACUAGCUAAUGGAAGAAGUUAUUAGCUAACAAGAAGUACUUUUAUGAUGGCUAUUGUUGCUCGGUCUAAUUUGUUCAACAUUUGCUAACAUGCUAGCUACAAGUUUUUAAAGAAGUUACUAGCUAAUGGAAGAAGUUACUAGCUAACAAGAAGUACACUUAUGAUAGCUGUUGAUGCUCGGUCUGAUUUGUUUAACAAUUGCUUACAUGCUAGCUACAAGUCUUUAAAGAAGUUACCAGCUAAUGGAAGAAGUUACUAGCGAACAAGAACUACUUUUAUGAUAGCUUUUUUUUUUUCGGUCUGAUUUGUUCAACAUUUGCUAACAUGCUAGCUACAAGUCUUUGAAGAAGUUACUAGCUAAUGGAAGAAGUUACUAGCUAACAAGAAGUACUUUUAUGAUAGCUGUUGUUGCAGGGUCUUAUUUGUUUAACAUUUGCUAACAUGCUAGCUUCAAGUCUUCAAGGCUUAAUGUCAUUCUCGUGUUUAAAGUUUGUUUUGCUGCUCCAAAGUGGCAAAAAAUACAACAGAACAUGGUACUGUGGGGUUUGUUAACAUUUAUGCUCCUCACAAGGAUAAAGGAGGAUUUAACUGGUAUAUGAUUUGGUAUUUAUAUAUUUAUGGUAUAAGCCAGAGCAGGGUCAAUGUGUCUGCCUGAGAUUAGUGUCUAUGAAGAGCUGGUAUAGCAUGCUCAGUCAUUAGUGUGUGUCAGUAGGUGAAUAUGACAUGUUGUGUAAAAGCCAUUCGAGAGGUCAAAAGACAGGAGCGCUAUUCAAGUACAACCAUAUUUAUCUGUAUUGGUUCUUAUUUUUUAUUAUUAUGUGAAUAUUAUUUGAAGAUCUUGCAGUUUUUUUCAAAGGGUCAGCAUUCUGCCAGAGAAACUGCCAAGAUAAGAUAAGAUAAGAUAAGGUAUUACCUUUCAGCUGCUGUAAAUUCCAAGAUUACAGCGGCAUAAAUACAAAUACAAAAGAGAAAUUAAAGGAUAAAGAAACUUAGACUCAAAAAAGGAAAAACUGCGCUGUCCCCAUCUCUGACCUCUUAGCCAGACAGCUGAAUGUGUGUCAGUGGACCAUUCUGCAGACCAGAGCGCCAAGAGCAUAAAGUUGCUCCUUUAAAACGGCUAAUCGGACCAAGAGUAGUGCUCCAUGAAAUUAGCAUUUGUAUGAAGCAUUGAGGGAUGAACAUGUUAACCCACUUUCUGAGGACUGAGUGUUUCUGUGGGAGUGCAUGCGUGCGUGUUUGCGAGGACGACGCUCGCGGCGGCUGCGGCGCAGAGCUUCAUCUCCGGUCUGAUAGAUGUGCAUAUUUACAGAAAUGACUCUGAUCGAGUGUUAUUCAUGCUUCAUUUGAACCAGGGGGGCUAGACAGCUCUUUUAUCUAGGUCACUAGGCAGAAACAACAUAUGUGUUACACUGUCAUCUGUCAUGUUGUCUCUUAUUCCUGUUGUGGUCCCCCUUGAAACAUGCAAACUUUUUCUCUGAGUGUGCAUUUAGGGGUUUUUGGUAUUAACUGAAUGCUCUCUCUCUGUGCCGCUGCAGAUAUCUGGAGUCUGGGGGUGAUCCUGUACAUGCUGGUGUGCGGACAACCCCCCUUCCAGGAGGCGAACGACAGCGAGACACUAACCAUGAUCAUGGACUGUAAAUACACAGUGCCUCCACAUAUCUCCAACGAAUGCCGAGAGUAAGUAGCACGUACGCACAUACCCACACAGAUGGACAGAGUACUCUGCGGAUACUGCAUAUUUCAUGUUUAUAGAUGUGUGAAGACAAGAGACCGAAGAGAGAGGAGCGGCCUCUCUCCUGCUCCUCCUCGUUGUCCUGCUUUCACUCGCUGCAGCAGUCAGCUGCUUCACCAGAGAUGCAGUGCAGCGUUAAGUGUAUCUAAUGCACCCUUUAAAAUCAGCCCUCUAUUUUUAACAUUGUGAGGGUUUAACGAUGCGUCAAAGCAGAGCGGGGCAAAAUAGGUGCUGGGAACAUUUUGGAUGGCUUCGGAUUUAAAAGCACAUUGUUCCUGCACAUGAUUUCAUUAUUACAUGUUGUCUAGCACACACAUAAUACUUUAGAUACUGACACUCAUCCUCGCUGACUCACCCCUGCAGCCUUCAGGAAACAGUGCUACUUCUUAUUUUGUGCAAAGUGUUUUGCAAGAGGGGUCAAUUAUGCUAUGCCUGUCAUAGCUAGACUGCAAGGAUUAAUGUAAGAGGCCAUAGCUUGUUUGCAGGGUUCGUUUGAUGUUAAGUUUGGACUUAAAAGUAUAAGAACAAUGCUGCUGAUAUGAACUAAGAGGGUGAAUGUACAUUUAUAUUACAUCUCGUCAUGUUUGCAGAGUUGUUGGUGGAUAAACAAACAGUUGUAAGCACAAAAAAGUGUGUGUUUUGUAACAUCUUUUUCCAUCAUUGGAGGUAGAGGGCAGCAUAGAGGCAAUAAAGAGUAAUUCUGUUUAUUUAUUACACAUUUCUUUUCUGCUUACCUUUAGAUCAGGCAGGUAUUUACCUGUUUUGUACAUGCUACCAGUCAAAGACUCAAUUAUCAGAUGACUGUUACCAGAUGACUUAAACAUCCGAUAACAUAAAUAGAUGUUUACAUAACAGACAUUGUUGUUGUUUCUGGUUUGAUAAAAUCUUCAUUUUCUUCACUUUUGUGACAGUUUUUAAUGGGCGUUGUAUAUCAAAAGCCAGGAGAGAUGGGGCAUGAAACAGGUCCAUUCAGAUCAUUUGAUAAGUUGUCAAUAAACGAGCCAUUUAGCCAAUUAAUCUCAGCCACAGUUUGGAAAUAAAACUGAAAGUAAGCACAAUGAAGUUUAGUGAAGUUUUAUGAUCCUUAAUUUCAUAAGAAGGGAAUCACAGUGAGCCCACUAGGUCAUAGUUCAAGUCCUAUUCAGUCGGCAAACUACAGUGAAAUGUGAUAACAUAUCAUUUGGCUAAUCAUUACCACUUGUCUUGACUUUCUAUUUCAGACAAGUUUGGCUAACCCUGAGUUUAUGUACAACCUCUCUGCAUGUCUGACUGCCCUCAUUUCUGCUCUGACUGACUUAUUUUGGAGACGAUGCCCCUCUAGGUUUUCAGAAAUGAAUACAAUACUGUUGCUAUUUCUGGUACCAAGUGAAAAAAAGGCAAAAUAAGGAAUGAGGAGAACCUUGUGAUGCUUCUGAUUGCCUCCCCAUGAUAUGAAAUAUGUGGUUAUGUAAUGACAGCUCGAGAAUAUUGUUCUGUAUCUAAAUAUAAAUAGAGUAUUGGUCAGAUGUUCCUGUAGUUCUUGCAUAACCCUGGUUUCUGUGACUUCCUCCAGUCUCAUAGCUCACAUGCUGCAGAGGGAUCCCAAGAGACGAGCAACAUUAGAGGAGAUAGGGGGCCACGAAUGGCUUCAAGGUGUGGACCCCUCCCCUGCCACCAAGCUGUCCACCCCUCUGGUAUCCCAUCGCAGCCUGUCUGAGGAGGAGCACGGCUCUAUCAUCCAGCGUAUGGUGCUCGGGGGCAUUGCAGACAGAGACACCAUAACUGAGUAUGUGUACCUCCAUGUGACACACACACGCAUGAACUAACAAGCAGCUAUUCUUUCCUGUGUAAUCUAAAAAAAAGCCACAGUCCACUUGUCCGGCUUCAGGGUAAUUGAGUGCCGUCAGCAGUUUAAUUGCCAUUAACAGCCAGCUGGCAGUCAGUCUUGAGCCGUUGCCAUGUCAAAUUAAAUCUUCACCCUCGUCACUUCCUUUUGACUCGCAGUCCUGGAUCGUCCUGAUCUGUGUGUUCAUGUGUCCUCAACUGUGGGUAUGUCUCUGUGAACUUGUGUGUGCUCUGGAAUUUAAACUGAUGCACUCUGUGUCCUCUCAGGGCUCUGGAGUCAAAUCAGUACAACCACAUCACAGCGACGUACUUCCUGCUGGCUGAGAGAAUGCUGAGGGAGAGGCAAGAGAAGGAGCAGCACAGUCAGACGCGAUCACCCAGCCCAAGCAAGGCCCAAUUCAGGUACAUUCAGUCACACACAUGCACACACAGACCUCUCUGGAGAUAGACAGAAUGCUGCCUCUGCAGGGCCUCAUACUGUCAGUUUACAGAAGAAAUUUUGACAGCAAAUGGACAGUCAGGGCGUUUUUUCAGCAGGGACUAGAAGACGGACUGAGAAUAGAGGAUGAAGGUCGGCAGCAUUAUCAUGAAAAUCCUGUGAAAAAUAUUUUGAAAGCAGAUAACAACAUUUAUUUUAUUACUUUAAACCUUUAAAGAAAACGGCCAAGAGUUUGAAACACAGGCUUUUGCCAUUUAACUAGAAAAUAGAAUCAAAACAGGACAAGAGAAAAACUUUAAACUACUUUUCUCAGGAACUACUUUACAUCCAACCAAGCAGGUAUCUGAUGAACUUCUUCAGAAUUACUGAAUACAGAACAAAUAUAAUAAUAGGAUUCUCGCCGUCUGCUGUGUUUUCUGUGGCCCACCGCCACCUUAUCGUCAGUCGACACUGUGAAAUGCUCUGCUCAAGGUAGAUAAGGUGGGAAAAGAGAGGGUUAAUCUUGACAGAGUAUGGUGAAGUAAUGUUCUUUUUGUAAAGCACCUUGAGAUAACACUUGCACAUAAUUGGCGUUAUGUCAUUAUUACUUUUUUUAAUUUAAUUGUUAUUUUUUUUAUUUUGGUGAUAUCAGACAGAACAAGAAAAGUGAGUAAACAUAUAACAACUACAAAAUAAAAAAAGGAUUUACAAACAUACAAACAGGUUAACGCCUGUUUAUUAAGUAAUGUUUUACGCGUUAGGUUGAUUAAGAUUGAUCGAUUUUGAUUGAUUGGUCGAUUUAUAGAAAGGUGUAUGUAUGGAUGAUAUCUCUUAACUAUUUUGUUGACAGUUAUUUUGAGUCACACAGAUUCACUGGUCAAAUCUCCAGCAGCAUCUUCAGCACUUAUUUUGAUCACAAUGAAUAGAAUAUAAAAGUGAAAUGGGAUUUUUUUAAGCAUUUAAAAAUGACAGCUCAGUCAAUUUUUCACAUUUGUUCAGGUGUAAGUUAUUCAUACAGAAUAUAAGAUGUUUCUCUCAGGUAAAAGAAAUGGAAAAAUCUAAAUUCCUUUUAGUUUAGCAUCAAGAGUUUGAUACCACUACUUUCUGUCUGUUUAGUGGUUAUGAAGCUAAAAGGCAGCAUCCAGUUAGCCUGGUUACAGCAUAGAGACCAGAAACAAAGCCAGGGGUUUUAGAAUAGUGGCCUAAAGUAGAGCUGGACGAUAAACCAGAAUUUUACUGAUACCGAAAUUUGGAUAUAACCGACGCUAUUUUGCCCAAGUCAGAAAAAUAAAUAAAUGAAAGUUGGUUUUGGAUGUGUGUAGGUAGGCUAUGGUCUCAUGACCCUUUGAGACACUGUCCUAUGUCAGAGACUCCACUCCAUCCAGUCCGUAACAAAGAGGGAAAGACAGGUGAAGAGAUGGAGGACGGUUCAAAAGUUGUAGCGGCUGGAGUGGCGGCUGAAGUAGACGAAGUUAAUGUGGGAGGGGGUGAGCAGCAUGUGGAGUAGUUAUCGUCCAUUUAUCGUUAUUGAGGUGAACUGCUCAAUAUAUCGUGAUAUUGAUUUGAUAUCGCCCAGCCCUAGCCUAAGUGGAAAAUUAAAUGAGGUUGCACUACUGUACACAUUUGUUUUAUUUUUCUUUGUGAGACAUACAAACAUUUACACAAACAAUGAUAGUUAAUUAUGGACCUUGAUCAUCAAAUUUUUUCCACAGCGUGGUACAGAACCAAGCCUCAUCUGUAUGCUAAGCUUGUCUUGCCCUCAGGAGAAUUUCAUUCAAGACAAUCUCAGACAAUUAUCAGCAGACAGCAUUAGCACAUUGCACACAUAUCUGCAGACUGCUCUCUUUAUCCCGCGUCCAUUCUUACAUCAAAUGGCCUCACAAGCAUGUGAGCAAUGACAGUUGCCGCUCCUAUUUGAGCUAACUUGUCCCCGGGCAGCGGUGCUUUGGAUUCCACCGCUUCACUAGUUGAAGGAUAGUGGUUGGUGACUGGAAUCAUUUCUCUGACAAUGCCAAUCAUGUGUUUGUGGGUUGAGCCUGUAAAAGGUGUGUUUGUGUGACUGAUAAGGUCAAAUAUGUACAAACAUGCUGCCAAAAUGCUCACACACCUUCACCCAUUGAAAAGAAAGCGUGGUUUCUUAGUCAGCAAAUUAGCCGUAUGAUGGCGUCACGAUAUUUCAACACAGUAUAGUAAAAGUUUUCCAGAGUACUUAAGUCUGUAUUUUUUUAACCCUCACAGGCAGUCUUGGCCCACCAGAGUUGAUGUUCACCAGGAUGUCAGUGAUGGCUUGGGAGGUCCAGCUAUCUCCCACCCAGGGGGGCCACAGUCUCCUGCACGCAGCGCUGAGAGCCUCCACAAAGGUCCCAGGCCCAAAACCGCUCUGCUGGACGUCAGCCAACGGCAGGAGAACAACACCCUAGCACUCAGCCAGCAGCAGCCUGCUCGACAGAACCAGGAGAGGAGUCUCAGGCCUCUGGCAAAGCCCCACUCCAACCCCCUCAGGCUGGGCUCUCUCAACUCAGUGGGCCCCUGCAAACCACGGAGUCCUAGUCUUUUCAGCGUAGAGGAGGAUGAGGAGGAAGAGGGAGGAGAAGACAAAUUAUCCCCCUCUACUCUGCCAGCUCAGGUGGUGCUUCGUUGCAAAGCCUCCGCCUCCCCUUCAUCAUCAUCAUCGUCUGUGUCUUCUUCUGCUAACCGGCUGACAUCCCGUAUGAGUGCUCCAGUACUUAACCAGAUCCAUGAGGAGGAUAAAGAGGAAGAGGAAGAGGAGGAGCAAAGGGAGCUGAAUGGACUGGGCCCGCCCAAACCCAGCCUUAGUCUCAAUCUGAACUCUAGGAUACCGUCUCCUUUAACACUCUCUUCUUCACCUAAAACUGUUUCUGGGAUUAAAGCACCGGUUGCUGCUUUUACACCCAGUCCAGAGACCAGUGACGAUGACACAGAAAGCCAUAAACCAGACUCUGCAGCUGUAGCUGGACACGGGGAAGAGAGAGAGGGCAGGAGAGAAAAUAGAGAGAAAACAGGGUCAGGGCAAGGAAGCCCCUCCAACUGUGCUAGUCCUGGAUCAGGUUCAGGCCAAACCAAGGGCACACCUAAAGCUGCUAGCGGUCUAGUGGAAAGCUUAAAGCUAAUGAGUCUUUGUCUGAGCUCCCAGUUUCAUAACCUGAAGGGGGGAGGAGGGGGAGGUAGUGGGGGCAGCGCUAAUGUCGUGGUCGGAGACACCCAGGAUCGUCCAAUGUGGAGGAUGUGCAUGGGUGGCUCCACCGGUAGCUUGGAUAAGGUCUCCCUCCUAGGUGGCCCUUCGCCAAGGGGGAACCUGUACCACCCGCAGCCCCCACUGGGAGACGCACUUGCAGACCCGCUGCUGGAGGGACCCUGCACAGGCACCCUGAGGCUGGGAGAGCUGGACCUGGCUAGAGAGAAUCACAGGAACAUGAAGAACCGGGUGCUGCAGAUGCCUUUGAGCGACAAGACUCUCUCCGUCAACAUCCACCGAAGCCCGAAAGAGGGUCUGCUUUGCACCCCCACCCCACACAGCUGCUGCCAGGUCAUCUAAAACGCAGACAGCUGCUCCAUUUACUGCUGCACCUCCACACUCCUCCAUCCUCAACCAUACGUUCCUUAUCAUCUUGCUUUAGCCACUUACUCAUGGGUUUGUUUGUUUGUUUUUUUUUCUUUGUAUGCUGUUUCCUUUUGUUUUACACUCAUGGUGGAUAACUGGGAGAAAGUCCAAUUGCCACCCUUGCACAUUUAGAGACACAAAAAGUCUCCUGUUAAUGGAGACUGGGUGCCAAGCCAAGUAAGUGAAGCACUUUCAGCAGAUCAAACGGGACUCUAAAGGGGGACAUUUUAACCUUGUGGUGUGUUUUAAAACGAGAGACAUUAAGGAUGGAAACAGGUAAUAUAACGGAGGUGCUCACAUUCCCGCUCUUGAACACUCUUCUACUCAAUGUACAGACUUUGUGCACGUCACACACACACCUUUAUCACUUCCUGAUAAGCUGAUAAAAUGGAAAAAGUGAUGAGUGGGUAAGAUUGAGUUUCAAGUUACCCGCCGUCGUCUUUUUGGUUGUACUUGAUGCCAUUUUUUUUAUAUCAUUAUUUUUUAAAUUAUUUUCUGACAAUCGUUUUAUCCGUUUUUUAAAAUUCUGACUGAAAGAGUGAAGACUGCUUUCUUUCACACGAGGACUAAUAACAGGGUGAACAAUGGACAGCAGCACUUAAGUACGAUGGCGGCACACAGUAUAUUGUAGUCGAUCACUGUUUUAUUUUUCUAUCUCAAACAUGCUCUGAAGACUUCAAGAUAAAACGCACACUCACAUGUCAACUCUCUGCGCUGUUGCACAGCAGUUUGUACAUAUGUGAAUAACCUCCUAGCAGUACUCUGUACCUGUAGUAUUGACGGUAAAGUUGUAUUGCAGUAGAAACCUGAAUACUAGAUCCCUAUUCACCAUUAUUGUUCCCUCCUACUGGAUGUUCAAGGUUUUGGUUGAACCUCAGGCUUGAAUUAUGUUCUUUGAGUGAUCCUUCAUAGGUAUACAGGCAGUGCUCGAAAUGAUUCAACUAAAUGAUUUGUAGGUGGAACUAUAACUAUGAACAUCUAGUAGCUCUCCAGGAUCACGGUAGCCACUGUUGUAGCGUAUUCCAAAACAAAAACAACAACUAAGGGGUUUAGUAGAAAAUAACAUCACCCCAUCAAGUAUUGGUCUGUGUAACUGGAUGUGUGACCCACCCCUAGUGGAAUAUAUAACCUGACAGUGCAUGUGUUUUGCUGUAGCAACCUUAUUCUUAUCCACUGAGGUCAAUCCACCCGCUGUAUCUACCUACGUAACAGAUUCUAAUGGUCACUUUACUGUAGCCUCACAGCAAUACCAGCGACUGCAAAAUGUACAACAAAAAUGGAUGUGCCAUAAAAUCUGUCUUGAGCAUAUUGUACUGUAUGUAUAUGAUAGAGAUCUAUUAAAAUGAAAUGAUGUGAAUGAUAUCAGGA